AUGUCGACCACGAAAGUUUCUCCCCACAUCUCCCUCUUUCGCUCUCACAUCAACAACAGAAGAUUUGAUGAUCAAACGCUUCGAAUUCUCGAAUUGGUUCUGGUUUUCAAAGAUGUGGAAUCGUUAACCGAAGCACGGAAGGAAUUGAGAGAUUUUUUGAGAUCUGAAUCUCUGAAUGCUAUCCGCGAGAUCAAAUCAAAAACUGUCGAGCAGAAGCUUCUGAUUCUCGAAUUCUAUGUUCGGGCUUUCGCUCUUCUAGGGGAUAUCGAGAGUUGCUUGGCUUGGAGAUAUGAGGCCUUGAAUCUUAGGGAACUCAAUUCUACGACACACCAAUGGCUACAGGUUUCAUAUAUGGAAUGGCUAAACUUUGCCGAGCACUCUUUAGAUAAUGGCUUUCACACAAUUGCUAGAAAGGCUUGUGAAAAUGCAUUAUCAAGCAUUGAAAAGAAUGAUUCAGCAGACCUUAAAAAAGAUGAAUUCUCUCAACUUGUGGAAGUGAGCAAAAAAGUGAAGAGACUCAAGGACUAUGCCUCGACAUUAGCAGCCUCACACUCGGUUGAGGCCCAGACAGCAAAGUACCUGAGAAAGAAAACAAUUGAGAAAAGCAGAUCAUGUCCUUCACCCUGUAAAGAAACCAAGUGUAUUGCAAGCAAUUUGUUCAGAUACGGAAUUAAGAAGCGGAAUGAACGAAAAUUUCAUGAACUUCAAAGUAUUCAGCGGAUUUCAAAUGGAUCAGAUUCCAUUCACUCAGAAGGCCAAUACCAGUCUUUUUCAUGCUAAGGGCUGCCUCUCAUGUGCUUACCCCGUUUGCAUUGAGUCGAUAGUCGUGACGUGACGAGAUUUUGAAUAGGUUGGCCACAUUGGAAAUCCAAGAUUGUUCAAACAAUUGAAUUUCAAGGUCAGUAUUUCCCACUUGAGCCCCUCACUUUGAGAUGGUUUUUCAUUGUCUAAACAGACAAACAUUGUUUCUAAUCUUCAGCACUUUGGAUUUUAAAAAUGAAUUACAUUAUGCAUAUCUGAAGAAUCGAAUCUUCCAUAUAACCAAGCUCAUUAAAUGCUAGCAUUGGAGCUUGUUUUCG